GUGUUUUUGUUGUUGUAUUUUGAAGCCGCUUGCACGUUGCACGUGUUUAUUAAGAAUUUUGAAUUUACUUAUUAAUAUAUAACGAGUUGAGCAAAUCGUAAACAGUGAUACUUAAGGCGGCCACACAAUGCAGCACGACGAUGUUGUUUGGAGCAUCAUCAACAAAUCCUUUUGCUCACACAAAGUCAAAACCGAUACACGCACCUUUUGCCGCCAUGAGUACAACCUGACGGGUCUCUGCACCCGCCGCACUUGCCCCCUGGCCAAUUCACAGUACGCCACGGUGCGGGAGGAGAAGGGUAUCAUAUAUUUGUUCAUUAAGACGGCGGAACGUUCGCAUAUGCCCAGCAAAUUGUGGGAGCGUAUUAAAUUGUCGCGCAACUUUGAGAAGGCCAUUGAACAGAUUAAUGAGAAUCUGGUGUUUUGGCCAAAAUACAUGAUAGCCAAGAACAAGCAGCGUUUCCUCAAGAUUACACAGUAUCUGAUGCGCAUGCGUAAGCUGAAGCUGCGACGCCAGAAGCUCAUUGUGCCGCUGUCCACGAAGAUCGAGCGACGGGAGACGCGUCGCGAACAGAAGGCGCUGAUUGCCGCCAAAAUUGAUAAUCAUAUUGAGAAAGAGCUUUUAACCCGUCUCAAGAUGGGCACUUAUAAGGAUAUAUACAACUUUUCGCAGACGGCCUUUAACAAGGCGCUCGAGGCAGAGCAUGUGGACGAAGAGGACGAACAGGAGGAGGAUGAGGAUGAACUGGAGCGUGAAAUGGAAAUGGAAGAUGCGCCCGAAAAUGCACGCGAAGCGGCCGAACUACGUCGUGCUCUUAACGACACCGAGGAGUUUGUUGAGGCAGACACCGAUGAUGAAGAAGAUAAAGAGGAUGAUGAGGAGGAUGAUGAUGAUGAUGCUGCUGACAGCGAUUCGGGUCAACGUGAAGAGAUUGAAGUGGACAGCGACUUUGCGCAGUCCGAUGAUGAUGACGAUAAUGAUGAGGAUGCUGAUGACAUUGAGGAUACAAAGCUUCCAACGAAAGCAUCGAAGAAGUCCAGCGUCGACAGCAAGAAGAAGAAGACAACAACAACAACAACAGGAGCUUCACGUCGACGCACCAAACCAAAACUGCAAUUGGAAUAUGAAAUGGAAUAUGAAAAUGAGGCUGCUCCAGCACGGAAAAUGCGUUAUUAGCGAGGUAGAAAGAGACAGAGCGAAAGCGACAGAAAGAGAGCACGCUAAUAAUUACAUAUAUUUUACAUAUUACUGUAUAGAACUAAUUAAAUAUACAUAUAAUACUGGAAAGUAAUAAGAACUUACAAAAUCAAUCUAAAAAUUUACUUUGAAUCAUGGCUGCCAGAAUAAAACGUUAAACAAAAGUCA